AUGGCUGGGAAGCAGGUAAUCGGCGACGGCGUACCGUCCAGCCUAGCCGGAAUGUCCAAAAACCAGCUUUACGACAUUAUGUCACAGAUGAAGGCACUGAUAGAGCAGAACCAGCAACAGGCUAGGCAAAUUCUCAUUCAAAAUCCGGCAUUGACUAGGGCUCUUUUUCAGGCGCAAAUCAUGCUUGGAAUGGUGCAGCCCCCUCAAGCAGUUUCAACCGUUUCAUCAACGGCAGCACAAAAUUCUCAGCCAUCGCCACUGCCGACGCAGCAGCCCAAUAUUAAGCCUACUUCAUCAUUUCCAGGUCAAAUUGGUCAGAACCAGACGAGGAAGCCGCAGUCGAACCAAACUGUAAUAUCAGGAACAUCUGUGUCUAUUCCAACCCCAAUCCCUCAAUCCCAAUCUAUGCCAUCACAUCCCUUGCAAUCAGUACAGCAGCCUAUGGGACCUAUUGGUGCCCAAUCAACAUCAAUGUCAUUGCCACAGUCCUCUCAAGUUCCUAACAUCUCUCAACUACCUUAUCAUUCUGCUCCACAGCCACCAUCUCAUCUCCAUGCCCCGAUGCCCUCAGCCUCCACUCAAUCACAGCAGCCUACGCAGAAUAUGGGACCUCAAUAUCUGCCUUUGCAACCACCACAGCAACUGCCAUUGCCGCCUCUGCCAAGACCACAAAUGUCAAGUUUCAGUCAUCAAGUUCACCCUCAAUCAGGGCAAAAUAUGGGUUUCCAGCAUCCUGGUGGACCACCGCUGCAUCAUUCACAACAUGCAUUUCAUUCUGGAAACAAGCCUCCUGCUAGCAUGGUGCCUUCAUUUCCACAGGGGCAGCCUUCACUUCCAAGUCAUUCUUUGACGCCGCCACUUUACCAGGGUGGAGGUUCACAAUUAGGAAUGGAAUUCAGUCAAUCUGGAAGCACGAAGCAAACAGAUAGAGGAUCCCCAUGGAUUCCUGGUUUACCUGAGAAUACGACAGGAACACAGCUUCCGGGACCACUCAUGUUCCCUGGUCAGAUAAAUCCCAGCAAUCAGCCUCCUCGACCGCCAUCAUUGAGUCCCGAGAUGGAGAAGGCAUUACUUCAGCAAGUUAUGAGUCUCACUCCAGAACAGAUUAAUAUGCUUCCCACUGAACAAAGGAAUCAAAUUCUUCAGUUGCAGCAAGCACUGCGUCAAUGA